GAAUGGGGUGCCCGCAGCCCCACGUCCACCUCCGCGCUCAACCCCCUCGUCCCCUACGUCGUCAUCCACCACACCGAGGGCCCCCCGUGCUCCACUCGUAGCAGUUGCAUCCGCAGGGUGAAGGGCAUCCAGGACUUCCACAUGGACACGAGAGGAUGGGCGGAUAUCGGAUACAAGCAAGAGAAAAUGACUAGAUCGAUAUUUCCUCGCUCGAGUCAUGGUACUUCCGCCUCCAGUUUCCUGGUCGGAGAGGACGGAAACGUGUACGAGGGGAGGGGAUGGAGCAAGCAAGGCGCUCACGCCCCUAAUUACAACUCCAGGAGCAUCGGAAUCUCCGUGAUCGGCAAUUUCAUGAAGAUAGUCCCGAACCCCGCAGCAACGACGGCGCUGAAAUCGCUGAUCGCCUGCGGCACCCGCCUGGGGAAGAUCCGCGGAAACUAUUCCCUCAUCGGCCACAGACAGACCAAAUCCACCGAAUGCCCCGGCGAUGCCCUCUACAAGGAGAUCACGACCUGGAAUCAUUAUAAUCCUAAGCCCAAGUGAUUCGAAUCUCCAUUUUGUGUU